GUUUCUAGGGUUACAGUGACUGCAAUGUGCAACAUGGACUUCAGCCGGUUUCCCCUGGACACGCAGACGUGUUCGCUUGAAAUCGAAAGCUAUGCCUACACAGAAGAUGACCUCAUGCUGUACUGGAAAAAAGGCAACGACUCCUUAAAGACAGAUGAGCGGAUCUCGCUCUCUCAGUUCCUCAUUCAAGAAUUCCACACCACCACUAAACUGGCCUUCUACAGCAGCACAGGCUGGUACAACCGUCUGUACAUUAACUUCACGUUACGUCGCCACAUCUUCUUCUUCUUGCUCCAAACCUAUUUUCCCGCCACGCUGAUGGUCAUGCUGUCCUGGGUGUCCUUCUGGAUCGACCGCAGAGCUGUGCCUGCCAGAGUCCCCUUAGGCAUCACGACGGUGCUGACCAUGUCCACCAUCAUCACGGGCGUGAACGCCUCCAUGCCCCGCGUGUCCUACAUCAAGGCCGUGGACAUCUACCUCUGGGUCAGCUUCGUGUUCGUGUUCCUCUCGGUGCUGGAGUAUGCAGCGGUCAACUACCUGACCACGGUGCAGGAGCGCAAGGAGCGGAAGCUGCGGGAGAAGCCUCCCUGCACCUGUGGGUUAUCUCAGCCCACACCACAGCUAGAUGGCAGCUACAGCGACGGGGAGGUGAACGACCUGGGCAACUACAUGACGGAGAACGGAGAGAAGCCCGACAGGAUGAUGGUGCAACUGACCCUGGCCUCGGAGAGGUGCUCCCCCCAGAGGAAAAGUCACAGAAGCAGCUACAUGAGCAUGAGGAUUGACACCCACGCCAUUGACAAAUACUCCAGGAUCAUUUUUCCAGCAGCAUACAUUUUAUUCAAUUUAAUAUACUGGUCUAUUUUCUCAUAGAUACCCUAAUUCUAUAACUUUUACAUUCUUUAUGGUAUGCACUACAGAAAUAUCUGUAUAAUGAAAAAGAAUUUAAGGUUAUAGUGAAAAAAAAAAUUCCCAAUACCCACCCAUGUUUUCACUUUCCCUUCUCCAGCUUUCCAAAGCUACAGCUGUAUUGACAAGACUCUUACUGACUGGUUUAAUUUGCACUUAUUAACUAUCUUUUGAAUACACAGCAUUAUACUAGGUGCUGCAGGAAUGUAACAAUGUAGCAACUGGUAUUAGAUGUAACCCAGAUCCCCUGGGAAAGCACACUACCAGAGUUGUAGGCACAUUGUAAUUCCACCUCUCUUUAGACUCUAGAUGCUAUCACAUGAAUGACUUCCUUUAUGUGUCAUUAUAUUCUCCAGAGUAGGUGGAAUUGGGAAGCAUCUAAAGUUCAUUUGCAUGGAAACUACAUGCACCUAAAUCCCCACCAACAGAAACUCAUGCUUCAGUUUAUAGCCUAUUAUCUAUUUUUUAUG